AUGGCGAUGAUGAUGACUGGCCGUGUGCUGCUGGUGUGUGCCCUCUGCGUGCUGUGGUGCGGUGCCGGCGGGGUUUAUGCGAGGAACCCUGACAGCAAUUCACUGGGCGGCCACAUGGCGUCGAGAGGGUUUGGAAGGAAUACGUCGUUUUUGUCAAACGGAUCUAUUAAAAACUUAUCCACACCGCUUUUGCUGUCAGCAUCGUUUAUCUCUGCUAUGCAAGCCGAAGCUCGUGAAGAAGUUUCUUCUCCAGGAGUUACUAAUUUACCUUUAAGUGGAGCCACGGUUCUUAGUCCUGCUUUUUCCGGUCUUGGUGCUUCCAGUCCCCGUCCCACUGUUCCCGGUCAUGGUACCCCUAUUCCUGGUGCUGCUUUUCCCGGUACUUCUGGCGCUGGUCCUAUUCCUGAUGUUGCUGUUCCCAGUCCAGGUCCUUCUGUUCUUCCCGGUCAUGUUCCUGCUAUUACUGGUCCUACCAGUCAUGGUCCCGGUGCUGCUGCUUUUUCCGGUCUUGGUGCUGCUAUUCCUGGUGCUGCUGAUCCCGGUGCUGCCAUUCCUGGUGCUAUUCCUGGCCCUGGUUCUGUUCGUGGUGCUGCUGUUCAUGGUCAUGUUCCUGCUAUUACUGGUCGUACCGGUGCUGGUCCCGGUCAUGCUGCUGGUCCUGCUCCUGGCCCUGGUUCUGUUCGUGGUCCUGGUGCUAUUCCUGGUGCUGCUGCUUUUUCCGGUCUUGGUGCUGCUGGUCCUGGUGCUGCUGGUCCUGGUCCUCUUCGUGAUCCUGCUUUUCCCGGUCCUGAUGCUAAUAUUCCUGUUUCUGUUCUUCCCGGUCAUGGUACUCCUAUUACUGGUGCUGCUGGUCCCGGUGCUGCUGCUUUUUCCGGUCCUGGUGCUGCCAUUCCUGGUGCUAUUCCUGGCCCUGGUUCUGUUCGUGGUCCUGCUCUUUCCGGUCUUGUUCCUGCUGUUCCCGGUGCUGGCCAUUCGGUUGGUGGUGGAAGUGAACUUCCGGACUCUCGCUCUGUCGUUACUUCCUCAAGUCAAGGUGGUAAUGGAAAAAUAGCCCCGGUCAGUGUUUCAUCCGAUGAGCAGAUUGCAUCCCCAGAGGAAGUUUUGGCACAAAAAGAAACAGGGAGUCAGGGCACCUCUUCGCCCGAAGGACAGCCAACGGUGUCAUCCAACACUGAAAAGCAAAGAAACAAUUCUGCCUCAGCAGGGGGUCACAGUCUUGGCCACGACGCCGCGGGAGACGAACUCCAAGACUCUUUGGAAGAACAACAGAAAAAUGACCAUUCACAAACGAACGAGACAAAAAAAUCACCAGGGGACCAAAAUACAGAAUCCCAAAGCAGUGGAGGAGCACUCUCGGAAGUAUCCAAUACAACAACGCAUGGGAUAAAAACUCAAGAGCCAAAGACAAAUUCAGUAAAUGAGAAGAACUACAGUCAAAACACGGAUGCAUCCCACACCACCUCCCCUCUUUUGCUUCUUCUUGUUGUUGCGUGUGCUGCUGCAGCUGCGGUGGUGGCCGCGUGA